GCACACUCUUUCUAUCCCUUACCUUUCGAGCCACCGCAUCGUCAUCGGUCCAGCAGCGCCUUGCUCAAGUAUCCUCACCUCAUCCUCUGUAAGUCGAGUCGCUCCCAUCUUUUUAUCCUUCCACAGUCCCACUCCCAAAGCCCAUCAAUGUCUCCAAUAACAGCUGCUGAGCCGUGAGGCAAGCUACCGGACGAGCUCGAGCGUGCGCAAACGGACACGGCCGCCUAAUCCAGACCUGUUUCCCACCCCGCACCUUCGCCAUGGCCUCGGGCAGCCGCGCCACGCCCACGCGCUCCCCCUCCUCCGCGCGGCCCGCGGCGUCGCGGCAAGCGGAGCAGCAGCACCACUACACGCAGUCCUCGGGCGGGAGCACGUCCCGCGCCGGAGGGGGAGGGGGUGGAGGAGGAGGAGAAGGAGGAGGAGGGGGAGGCGCGGCCGCGAGCGCCGCAGCAACGGAGUCGGUCUCCAAGGCAGUGGCGCAGUACACCCUGGAUGCGGGCCUCCAUGCGGUGUUUGAGCAGUCGGGCGCGUCGGGACGCAGCUUCGACUACUCCCAGUCGCUGCUCGCGCCGCCCAGCACCUCCUCCGAGCAGCAGAUCGCCGCAUACCUCUCUCGCAUCCAGCGCGGCGGCCACAUCCAGCCCUUUGGCUGCACGCUCGCCGUCGCCGACGACUCCUCCUUCCGCCUCCUCGCCUUCUCCGAGAACGCCGCCGACCUGCUCGACCUAUCGCCCCACCACUCCGUCCCGUCGCUCGACUCCUCCGCGGCGCCUCCGCCCGUCUCUCUCGGCGCCGACUCGCGCCUCCUCUUCUCUCCCCCGUCCGGUGUCCUCCUCGAGCGCGCCUUCGCCGCGCGCGAGAUCUCGCUGCUCAACCCGCUCUGGAUCCACUCCAGGGUCUCAUCCAAGCCCUUCUACGCCAUCCUCCACCGUAUCGACGUCGGCGUUGUCAUCGACCUCGAGCCCGCCCGCACUGAGGACCCCGCGCUCUCUAUCGCUGGGGCAGUCCAGUCCCAGAAGCUCGCGGUCCGCGCCAUCUCCCGCCUCCAGGCGCUCCCUGGCGGGGACGUCAAGCUCCUCUGCGACACGGUCGUCGAGCACGUCCGCGAGCUCACGGGAUACGACCGCGUCAUGGUGUACAAGUUCCACGACGACGAGCACGGAGAAGUCCUCGCAGAGAGCCGGCGCACUGACCUCGAGCCCUACCUUGGUUUGCAUUAUCCUGCCACUGAUAUCCCUCAGGCAUCACGUUUCCUGUUCCGGCAGAACCGCGUACGAAUGAUUGCUGAUUGCCACGCUGCUCCGGUGAGGGUCAUUCAGGACCCUGCAAUGCCACAGCCACUGUGCUUGGUUGGGUCGACGCUGCGUUCCCCACAUGGCUGCCAUGCACAGUACAUGGCUAACAUGGGUUCCAUUGCAUCUCUCGUUAUGGCAGUGAUCAUCAGUAGUGGUGGGGAGGACGAGCACAACAUGGGGCGGGGCGCCAUCCCGUCGGCCAUGAAAUUGUGGGGCUUGGUGGUGUGCCACCAUACAUCUCCACGGUGCAUCCCUUUCCCACUGCGGUAUGCAUGUGAAUUUCUCAUGCAGGCCUUUGGGCUUCAGCUCAACAUGGAGCUGCAGCUUGCGUACCAGCUGUCAGAGAAACACAUUCUUAGAACACAGACCUUACUCUGUGACAUGCUACUCCGGGAUUCACCGACUGGCAUUGUCACACAGAGCCCGAGCAUAAUGGACCUUGUGAAGUGUGAUGGUGCUGCGCUGUAUUACCAUGGGAAGUACUACCCACUAGGUGUUACUCCCACAGAGGUUCAGAUUAAGGAUAUCAUCGAGUGGUUGACGGUGUGCCAUGGAGACUCGACAGGGCUCAGCACAGAUAGCCUGGCUGAUGCAGGCUACUCAGGUGCUACUGCAUUAGGGGAUGCAGUGUGCGGGAUGGCAGUAGCUUAUAUCACGCCAAGUGAUUAUUUGUUUUGGUUCCGGUCACACACAGCCAAGGAGAUAAAAUGGGGUGGUGCAAAGCAUCAUCCAGAGGAUAAGGAUGAUGGACAGCGGAUGCACCCACGAUCAUCUUUCAAGGCAUUUCUGGAAGUGGUGAAGAGUAGGAGCUUACCGUGGGAGAAUGCUGAGAUGGACGCAAUACAUUCCUUGCAGCUCAUAUUGCGUGACUCCUUUAGAGAUGCACGAGAGGGCACUAGUAACUCAAAAGCCAUUGUCGAUGGUCAGGUUCAGCUUGGGGAACUAGAACUGCGGGGCAUAGAUGAGCUCAGCUCAGUUGCAAGGGAGAUGGUUCGGUUGAUCGAGACGGCUACAGUACCCAUCUUUGCAGUUGAUACUGAUGGAUGUAUAAAUGGGUGGAAUGCAAAGGUUGCUGAGCUGACUGGCCUCACAGUUGAGGAGGCAAUGGGAAAAUCAUUGGUAACAGAUCUUAUCUUCAAGGAAUCUGAGGAAAUAGUUGAGAAGCUACUCUCGCAAGCUUUAAGAGGUGAGGAAGACAAAAAUGUAGAGAUAAAGUUGAAGACAUUUGGGCCAGAGCAAUCUAAAGGGGCAAUUUUUGUUAUUGUCAAUGCCUGCUCUAGUAGGGAUUACACUAAAAAUAUUGUCGGCGUCUGUUUCGUCGGCCAAGAUAUUACGGGGCAAAAGGUGGUCAUGGAUAAAUUCGUCAACAUACAAGGGGAUUACAAAGCUAUUGUACACAACCCCAAUCCUCUAAUACCGCCAAUAUUUGCUUCAGAUGAGAAUAUUUGUUGCUCUGAAUGGAACACGGCAAUGGAAAAACUCACAGGAUGGUCGAGAGGAGAAGUUAUUGGUAAGCUCCUGGUUGGAGAGGUAUUUGGAAACUGUUGCCGACUUAAGGGCCCAGAUGCAUUGACAAAGUUCAUGAUUGCCCUUCACAACGCUAUAGGAGGACAGGAUUCUGAGAAGCUCCCCUUUUCCUUUUUCGACAAAAAUGGUAAAUAUGUACAGGCCUUAUUGACGGCAAACACAAGGAGCAAAAUGGAUGGUGAGGCCAUAGGCGCCUUUUGCUUCUUGCAGAUUGCGAGUCCUGAACUACAGCAAGCCUUCGAGAUUCAGAGACAACAAGAAAAGAAGUGUUAUGCCAGGAUGAAGGAACUGGCUUACAUUUGCCAGGAGAUAAAGAACCCUCUCAGUGGUAUCCGAUUUACAAACUCUCUGUUAGAGAUGACUGAUUUAAAGGAUGACCAGAGGCAGUUUCUUGAAACUAGUACUGCUUGUGAGAAGCAGAUGUCCAAGAUUGUAAAGGAUGCUAGCCUCCAACGUAUUGAGGAUGGCUCUUUGGUGCUUGAGAAAGGUGAAUUUUCACUUGGAAAUGUCAUGAAUGCUGUUGUCAGCCAAGUUAUGAUAUUGCUGAGAGAAAGAGAUUUGCAACUUAUUCGAGAUAUCCCUGAUGAAAUCAAAGAAGCCUCGGCAUAUGGUGACCAAUAUAGAAUCCAGCAAGUUUUGUCUGAUUUUUUGCUAAGCAUGGUGCGGUUUGCUCCAACUGAAAAUGGCUGGGUUGAGAUACAAGUCAGACCAAACGUAAAACAAAAUUCAGAUGGAACAGAAACAAUGCUCUUCCUCUUCAGAUUUGCCUGUCCUGGUGAGGGCCUCCCCCCUGACAUUGUCCAAGAUAUGUUCAGCAACUCCCGCUGGACAACCCAAGAAGGCAUUGGACUAAGUGUGUGCAGGAAGAUCCUCAAAUUGAUGGGCGGUGAGGUCCAGUACAUCAGGGAGUCAGAGCGGAGUUUCUUCCUCAUUGUGCUCGAGCUGCCCCAGCCUCUGCAAGCGGAAAGUAGGGAGAGGAGCUGAUAUGGCAAGCUCAAAGCUGACCUCGCCUAACUGUUCGGUCAGUCAGGUGACCUGAGAUCCCCAGAUAGAAGGAGAAGCCCGCGGAACCAAUAUCACUUGGAAGAAGAAAGUCGGGAGCUGCAAAUGUAAUUCCCGCCGGCCACUCCUGGUAACUCUGGUGUUGUCCGAUUAGAGUUUUACGGCGCCGAGUAAUGAACAUCAACACUGACGGUAACCUAGCUCGUAGCAUAGGCCAUGACCACUUGGAUAAUACAUACCAUGUUCUUACUUGCUAUGAAUAUAUACAUUGUAUAUCAUGCAUAAGGAGAGCUGUGCAGCUCCCAUGAUUGUAUUCUAAUACAUAUUUUGUCCUCCCGAUCCCUUGCCAUGAAUCUGUUUCUAUUUA